CAAAAAGCCAAAAAGGAAGAAGAGCUCCGUCGGCAGAAGGAGAAAGAAGAUGAAAAAGGUCCAAAGGAGAAGAAUUACAACUGGAAGAAGUCGCAUAAGGGACGCUACUUCUACCGGGACGCGGCAGAUGUUAUACAAGAGGGUAAACCUUCGAUGCAUACUGUUACCAGCAACGAGUUGUCCCGCGUGCCCGUGAUCGACAUGACGGGCAAGGAGAAGCGAGUGCUGAGCGGGUACCACGCGCUGCGCGCCGCCGCGCCGCGCUUCGAGCACGAGCCGCGCCGCCACUGUCAGCACUUCGCCGCGCCACAACUCGCGCACAACCUCAUGCUCGUCGUGGACUGCUGCGAACAGGACAUAAUUCAAAACGCUCGCGAGCUACAAGCGGCAGAAGACGAGAUAGUAGUUCUGGAGAGAGACCUGGAGGACUGCAAUACUAAGCUCCAGGAACAGGACAAAGUCAUCAACAAGGUGCAAGGGAUACUGCAACGAGUCGAGAUGCUGAACCAACCUGAUGUGUCGUUAGAGAGGGCUCAUGAUGUAUUGGCUGACUUGAAGGAAACAUACCCAGUAGAAUACGACAUGUUUGGGCUGGGUACUAUAGCGGGUAACAUAGUGAGUCCACUGCUGAGUUCCCUGCUGGCCCCCUGGGAGCCGCUGCAGGCGCCGGACGAGCACAUACCGACCUUCCUGAAGUGGAGGAAGUUACUCACCGAGGAGGCCUACAACAGUUUGCUCUGGCAACACUUUGUGCCGCAACUUACUACUGCUGCCGAGUGAGUUUAUAUUUACAUUUUCUGAAUGUAUAUUUAAU